ACUGUACUGUGCGGAUUGUGAAACACUGGACAUGUUUGUUAUUCCUCUCAGAUGUAUACAACCUUGCGUUUGGUGUAAAAUAGCACAACCUUUUAUGGCUCUAUGCCUCAUCAAAACUUGCGUACUCAAUGUUCUUACUAAUUAACAUGUCCUAAAUUAUAAUAACGUAACUCUGUGGAGUAAACCUUUUUAAAAAUGUAUGUCAAGUCGUACCUAUCUCUCAUUGACUCAUUAGCUUUUGGAACAAUGAAGAAUAGGAGUUUAGCUGGUAACUGUGGCAUUGGUGUGUUCAUUAUUGCCCUUGUCACAGUGGCAUUGGCAUUUGGUACGCCUAGUUGGCUGGUCAGCGACUCGAGAAUAAGAGGAGCUAAGCUCGAUAGACUCGGAUUAUGGAGCCACUGCUUUAGGUCACUGCCUGAUCCAUUAGACCAAUAUCAAAGACGCUUUUUUGUCGGUUGCCGAUGGGUGUAUGAUCCAUUUACUACAGGAUAUGACAGAAUUCGCGGCUACCUACUUCCCGGUUUCAUGAUAGCUACACAGUUCUUUUUUACAUUGUGUCUGCUAGGAAUAAUAAUUUCGACUAUUCUGAUUCUUAUAUUCUUUCUCUGCUGUGGCCCAGACCAAGACAGAUUUGUUUUGUUAAUCAAAACCAUUGGAUACCUAAUGUUAUUUUCAGGAAUAUGUGGAGCCAUUGCUGUGAUUGUUUUCGCCUGCUUUGGAAAUGCAGAUGAAUGGAUGCCGGAUCACCCGAAUAAUUAUUUAGGAUGGUCAUUUGGCCUUGGUGUAGUCGGUACAGUUGCUAGCAUCGUCACAUCAGCUCUCUUCUUAACUGAAGCUAAUAUUCAGAUGAAGAAACGUAAAAGAAUAAAGGAAUCACAAACCCGUUUUGAAAUGGAGUACGAAUCGAAAGCGUAAUUCAAAGUUCAUUAUUGUAAUUAGGGCUUGUUAACAAACGCUCGUUAAGAGCCAUAGAGAUGUAUUAUUAGAGCGGCAUUGGGACCACAACAUUCGUACCUCGUAUGAACGUAUUCUGUAAUUUUUAUUUUACAUAUCUGAUUUCAAAUGUAUGAUGACUGAAUGAGUUAUUUUUUCUUUUAAUAUUUUUCUUUUAAUAACGCUUGCUCUAUAAUAUCAAAUUAAGUGCCACUUUUGCUGUCUCUAUUUUAAAAAUAAACAUUCCAGUGCCUCUUUCGAUUUUAAAUGCAGUUUGAUAUGUACAUUAUGCAUAAAACUUAAUCAAUUUUCGAUAUGAAGUGCCUUGUAAAAUCUAUUACGUUUCAAUUAUUUACCUCUAUAAAUAGGAAAUGGAGCUUUAUUAAUGUAAGAUUUUAGAAAAAAAUACAAUCAUUGUUAUGGAAAUUUUUUUGAUGGUAAUUUAAUAAGAUUUAGCACAUGGUACAUUUAUGGAAUUCUGAGCACAAAAUAAUUUAGUUAUCAACACUUCACACAAUUUCUAUAAAUUUUAUCAUUCGUCAAAGCGGAAAAUAUGAAUUAAGCUAAAAUAGUUGCAAUGAAUUCCAUUUUCUUAAAGUGAUUUAUUAAUAUUUAAAUUUAUUUUGAAUAUUCUUUUUAACUAUAUAUAUAUAUAUAUAUAUAUA